AUGCUGUCAGAUGCAAAGGAUCUAGCGGACCUUCUAAAAAUGGUCGCUGAAAAAGGAGCCGAAAUUGAAACGAACCAGCAGUAUCUGGACAGCUUAGCAGAAUUAAUACGUCAAGGAAUAGAGGCCGCUAACGAGGAUCUCAAAAAGGAAAACGAUCUUCGCCUCCAACAAGAGGGUGUGAUCCGGCAACUACCGAUUAUGGGAUCGCUAGUGAAUUGGUGGUCUCCGAUAGAAAAGGAUGGACGUGUUCGUGGGCGAUUUUUCAAUUUGAAUACCGGUGAAAUCCAAACAACUGAUGUCAUCUACAAACAUAAGAAGGACUCCAUUGCCACGAGUCAUGGUGGAAAUCCUAAGGUGCGUAGGCUUCUUGUUCGAACCUAG